CGCCGCCGCGCCAUGAGCUCCCCGGGCGCCGACCGCGCGCGUGAGCCGCACAAGAAGAAGGAGAAGCUGCCGCGCACGCUCAGCACCAGUAUACUGCGCAUCAAGCACCGCAGUCCGUUCUGGGAGAAGUUCUGGUCGGGCCGCGGCUCGAGCCCGGCCCGCACCGACAGCGCGCGCGAACACGGAGAGGACUUGAUCGUCACACCGUUCGCCCAAAUCCUGGCCAGCUUACGGAGCGUGCGGAAUAACUACAUCGCCCUCACCAACGUCCCAACAAACAAGUCGCGGCGAUCCUCGUCAUCGGCAGCUGGCAACGCGACACCCCAGCCGAAGCUCGUGCAGCCGGGAGAUGAGACGUUCGUCAAGCUGUCCAUCGACACGCUGGAGGAGCUGGACUGGUGUCUGGACCAGCUGGAGACGAUUCAGACGCACAGAUCCGUGUCGGAUAUGGCCACCAGCAAGUUCAAGAGGAUGCUCAACAAGGAACUCAGCCAUUUCUCGGAGUCCAGCAAGUCUGGCAACCAAAUCUCCGAGUACAUCUGCUCUACGUUCCUGGACCCGCGGCAGGAGAUGGACAUGCCAUCCCGGGAGGAGGUGGACGCCGGCCAGGGCAGCCGCAGCUCGGCCGGCCGCGCCGCCCGCGAACGCAGCACCAUGAGUCAGAUCACCGGCAUCAAGAAGCCGCUCUGCCACGCAAACAGCCUGCUGGCCGAGACUGCGCCCAAGUACGGCGUCGAGACGUCGCAGGAGGUCGAGCUGGGCAAGGCGCUCGAGGAUCUGGACAAGUGGGGUGUCGACAUCUUCCGCAUCACGGACCUGUCCGCCGGCCGGCCUCUCACCUGUGUCAUGUACACGAUAUUUGUGGAGCGGGACCUUUUGAAAACGUUCAAGAUGUGCCCGAAGACGUUCAUCACGUUCAUGAUGACGCUGGAGGACCACUACCUGAAGGACGCGCCGUACCACAACCGGGUGCACGCGGCAGACGUGGUGCAGUCCACGAACGUGCUGCUCAACUCUCCGGCGCUGGAGUCUGUCUUCACGGCGCUAGAGAUCCUCUCCGCCCUGUUUGCCUCGGCGAUACACGACGUGGAUCAUCCGGGACUCACCAACCAGUUCCUCAUUAACACCAGCUCUGAGCUAGCGUUGAUGUACAACGACGAGUCGGUGCUGGAGAACCACCACCUGGCCGUGGCCUUCAAGCUGCUGCAGAAUGAAAACUGCGACAUCUUCUCCAACCUCACCAAGAAGCAGCGCCAGUCGCUGCGGAAAAUGGUCAUCGACAUGGUCCUCGCCACGGACAUGUCCAAACACAUGAGUCUGCUGGCCGAUCUGAAGACGAUGGUGGAGACGAAGAAGGUGGCCGGCUCCGGCGUGCUCUUGCUCGACAACUACACCGACCGAAUACAGGUGCUACAAAACAUGGUGCACUGUUCUGACCUGAGCAGUCCGACCAAGCCGCUGGAAAUCUACCAGCGCUGGGUGGGUCUGGUCAUGGAGGAGUUCUUCCACCAGGGAGAUCGCGAACGUGAGAUCGGCAUGGACAUCUCACCCAUGUGCGACCGCCACAACGCCACCGUCGAGAAGUCUCAGGUGGGCUUCAUGGACUACAUCGUGCACCCGCUGUGGGAGACGUGGGCCGACCUGGUGCACCCGGACGCCCAGGAUAUCCUGGACACGCUCGAGGACAACCGCGACUGGUACCAGUCCAUGAUCCCGCUCAGCCCCAGCUCGUCCAGCCACGAGCUGCGCGAGGACGGCGAGGAGGACGAGGCCGAGGAGCCGGUGCGCGUGCAGAUCACGCUCGAUCGGCCGGACGCCGGCGCCGGCGCCGCGCCGCCGCGGACCGGCGACUCGUGAGGUUGUGAUACUGCGCGCGCCGCCGCCCUCAGAUACCUCAACGCGUUUUUCUACGACUGGCGGCCGGCGGCGGCGGCUGUGACGGGCGCGGAAGGGCGCGCCGGCGGCGCUCGCGGCUCGCGCGACUCGUGCCAAAGUGGCGUGCGGAAAUGGUGGCACAAAUGGCGCCGGAUGGCCGGAGAACGCGGCACACCGGCCAGCGACGACUGAAGGCUCUGUAUUUUUGCAGGAAUUUGUCGUAGUCUUGUUUUCCAUGGAGGGUCGGGCGCUCGCUGUUAUUCCGCCUCGCCGGCCGUGGACAUGUGGCACAAUAGCCUAGUGUAGCAGCACCGUUCGCACGCAGCCGGCGGCGGCUCACCGACGGACGGGCAGCCCUUGCUGCCGGCUCGCUGUCGCGUUUUGCACUAUAUCGGGCAGCCCCAGCAUCUCCAGGCGCUGCCGAACUGUGUCCCGAGUCAUUUUAGAUAAGUCUUCGUCGUGCGCUUGGGUUGGGGUCGCCUGGGUACCUCACUAUCACCUAAGGUUAUACGAGCGCGCGCGUGCCGUGCAGGUUAUUACGAUGUGGCUCCCUAUUUGGUCAGCUGGUCUGCAGCCACUUUGUUGUUUUUCAUUUUAUUUGUAAGUUUUACCCUCACAAAUUUAACCUCUCAGUACAAUUGGGUUAUCCUGCAUGUGCAAUAUGUUCACUUCAGUGUUGUGCUUGGUUCGGAAGGCGUGGCAAAUUGACUGGCGCACAGUGGUGUAAAUAAUCAUUCACGUAGGUCUCCGAUUGGUGCUUUCCAGCGCGCCAUGCACCCAAACUCCGAGUAGUCUACCGUCUAGCGCGUCGUUGGAGCUUUAAGUCUACGAUACCUAGGUGUUUAAGAACGCCCGUUGGCAAAAUUGCGUGAUGCACCUGCUAAUAAGCCUGUCUCCAGCAGCCCCCACGGCCGCCGAGCGCUGAGCGCGUGGUCGCACCUAUUUUAGGGGCCCGUCUCUGUUCCCCUCGGCCAAGAUUCGGGGACGCCGCGCAUCAAUUGUUCAUCGUGAGAGCAAGAUGGGUACCUGUAUGUUAUAACUAACGCAGAAAAUAAUAAAUGUAUGUUUUAAGA